AUGGAUUCUCGAAAGGAUAUCUACAACCUGUGGGUGCAGUAUACGACAAAAAACGAAGAAACCUACUUCCGACAGUUCAUAGCAGGCUUCGUGAGCAUUUGGCACACUCAGCUACGGCUCGACUUUGAAAAUGCACCCCGUUGGGAUGAGGUGGCGCCGGAUUUGGGCCCCCACUUGAGUCGCCUGCCGGACGAGCUACUACCAGCGAUCGAGAAGUUCCUAAUAAUCGCUCGCGAUUGUUGUGAAAAUGCUGCGACAGAUAAAAGCAUCGAUAACGAGGGCAUGAAGGAAAAUGUGUUGCUCGUGCAAUGCCUGACGGUGAUAUGUCGUCAUUUUGAAAAUAUCGAUUCGGUCAUCCGUUCAAGCUAUAUUUCCAGCUGCAUUGCGAUUUCGAAUUUCAUCAUCAACAGGGUAAGUCUUACCGAAAACCGGUCAACGGAUGAGUUCACCGACGAACUGUUUGUGAAAAGUGUGUCGCAACUUUUGGAAGUUCUGUACGAUCCGUAUCUGACAUGGAGAAGUUAUCUGCGCGGGCAUCACGCCGACUACUCGUGCCUCGGCUACAAGAUAGCUCCGAUGCAUCCAGAAAUUGUGCCAUUCAUAUACGAUUGCUUCCAGAGCGGUAAAUCUACUAAGAACAAGAAGAUUGCUAAAGAUUUAGUCCAUAUUCUCGGGGCAGUCAUUGCAGGAUCUCAGGCAGCUUUAGUUAAUGUACCGCUGCCCAGUGUCAAUUCGUACUCUUUAAAUAAUCCGGAUGGUGAAGGAAAUAAACAAGCCGCGCACAAUGGACUGCGUGCCAUUAGUCCUGCCACAGUUACCAUUAUCAUUGAUGUUGUAUCAAAAUGGGAAAGUGAAGCUGAGCUACGGCGGUUGAUGCUUCACUGCUUCGCUCUCAUGGCAGUAAUUCUACAGAAAUCUAGUCCGGAACAGCGCCAAAUUGAUUUGUUAACCAUAUUCCAACUGUACAUAGGAUCCAUACGUGAACUGUUAACUACGGAGCACUUCCUAUCCAAGUCUUUGUCCACGGAAAGCUUCGAAGUGUCGCACGAGAAUGACAAUUACAUCGACGUUGGGGCACUGUGUGCGUCGAUCGCUACGAUUGAGGAAUUUGUUCCGGAACACGCUAAUAAGCUGAUUUUGUGCAAUGCAUUGUUCGAGGCAAAGUUUCUAUCAAACCUGGUACAAAUUCCCGAACAAACGAAGAAGUGGAUAAUGGAUCACCAAGUGAUAGGGACGGUGUUGGUGAAAACACUGCAGAAACUUUGUUAUCAUUCCGAAAAGAUGCAAUACAACCUUAUGCACACCAACAGUAUUAACGUACUGUUUGACGGACUGAAAGCUUACGGGAAACCGUCGAAGAGUCUAAUCAAUGAAUGUUUAGGCUUCGCCUUCGACGACGCCGACAGCCGGCAUGUGAAUGUGUCCGUCGUCACGAAACUGAUCGAAUGGAUGCCGUUUAUGGGAGAAAACGAGCAGGAUGUUCUUAGCGAGGUGCUACUGAAGAAGUGUUCUGGAACAAUGCAAAGCAAGCAGCACGUGUGUGGAGAAAAAACAAUUAAACGGAUAGUACACGUGUGCCUAUCGGAUGGGAAUCGGCUAUCGUCGAAGUGCACCAUUAAUCUGUUAAAACUCAUCGAAGAACUGGCCAAGUAUAGCAUCUUGCCGACGGAAGUUAACAGUCUAUUCAGACUGCUCCGCAGCGAGACCCAGUUCGAGCACCGUAAGCAGCUGCUGGAAACGAUUCUGAGGGUGACCCAGUUCCGCACCACACUGGGCGUUGCGCCGGACAAUUUUCUCGACAUUCAAACAAACACCAGCGGGAUCACCAUACCAGAGAUUCGCAAAUGGGACACCACGCACGGGUUCGUAUUUCACGCGUGGCUACGGUUGGACGAAGAGCCUUCCAUGGCACAAAACUAUCGCCGGCAGCUGUUCAGUUUGUCCACCACGUACGGCACGGGGUACGAAUUUUUCGUCCAAAAAAGUGGCAACUUUGUGGUGAGCGUUAUAACAAAGAAGGAGUUCUUUACCGCCACAGCACAAUCUCCGCAAUUGCUCGAUGGCCGUUGGCACUCGAUAACUGUGAGUGUCGUCCCGCCGAAGCGGCUCUUCUCUUACCAUCAGAUCAACGUGUACAUCGAUUCGAUGCAGAAGCUAGGCUCGACAAUGAAGUACGCCUCGUUUGCCGAGGCGUUUCACUACUGUUCGAUCGGUGCGCCGUAUAAUAAUUUCAGGAAAGUGUCUCACACGUCACAUCAGUCAAACUCUGCGCGAAUGAGCCCCGUGCCGGAUGCUUCGCCGAGCGGAGAAAGGGAAGAGAAAAGCAAAUCGAGCCUGUUCCCAAAUAUUAUCGAACGGGCAUUUUUCCCCGGACUGGUGUCGCAGGUGCCGAAUUAUUUCACCCUUCCGAGCAAGUCCACGACGUCGCUAGACCCGAGCGUUAAAUCGUACCCGAUCGGUAUGCAGGACUUGGUGUUCGGCGAAGCGGUAUGUUUGAAGGGACAGCUUGGUGCCGUUCUGCUGGCCGAUACGAACGUCAAUCUGAAGAGUUUGUUCGAGGUGGGACCGAACGUGGCCAACGUGCUAGCGUCUGACAUCAUCGAAUCGUUCGACAUGGCGUCAAAGUUUGUGUUCUGUUUUGCACCGAGCGCAUGCUACGAUGGCUUGUGCUUGGAUCUAGCUCCCGGAAACCAGUACAACGGUCAUCUGGUCGCAAACGUAGCCCAAACGCUUUCGAUACAGAACGCACUGACUGGGAUUGGUGGGAUGGUGGCCCUGCUUCCGAUCCUGGACCACAUCACGCAGCUUCCUGCAUCGGAAAUACCGGCCGCGAACGAGCUUAUAUCGCUCAGCCCCGUAGAAUCGCCACUGAAGGAGGAACGCUUUGGCGAUUGGGAGAUGCUGCAGCUCAAUUCGCUGACCGAAGCGAAGAUAAUACAAAACCCGAUUGCAUGCUUUCUGUGUUUGGUGCGAAAUUUUAUCAACGGAAACGACGCGAAUAAGGAGAGUAUGCUGAAGAACGAUGUCAUUGCCAUCACGAGCGCGCUGUUGCAAAAGUGCCACGAAUUGCUGUUUGACGUGAACGUGCUGAUGGCGGUGCAGCUGCUAAUUGAAUCGAUACAGAAUGAAAUGCCGUCCGGAAACAUGGAGCUCCUGCACGUGCUACACCGCGAUUUGGUGUUCAAUUUUCGCAUUUGGUCCAAGGCCCAGUUUCAGAUCGUCAUCGGACACAUACAGUACAUUAGCACGAUCAUCAAGGACGAUCGGAAGUACUUUCGCCGCAAUUUCGGUAUUCAGUAUUUGCUGGACGUGAUACAUGAGCACUUCACGAACAACACGAGCCUCACGCCACAGGACGCGAAGAUGGUGCGCGAGUCGCUGUUGCGAAUCAUCAAGUAUUAUAUACAGAAGGAGGUGAACAUCAAGGAGAUAUCAACGCUGCUUACAUUUCUGACCACGUUGAAACACGAAACUGCAGUCGGUGAGAUCAUCGACAUGCUGUUGCUGCUGAUCGAAGGAAAGCACGUGAAGGAUCAAAUCUUCCUGCUGAUGUACGAACCACAUAUGGCCGAGGCCAUGUACACACUGUUUAUUGACCGAUCGUUUGGAAGCGAAGUGCAUCUGAAACUUAUCAAAUUUAUCGGCGGCAUGCUGAACACCAAGCGCAUCUCUAGCAAACACAAGGCUGCGUUGCGGCUCUAUGAACCGUCCAUCGAAUGCCACAGCUUGUAUCCGGGACUUUUUUCGUUCAUGAUACCGUUCGUCCUGGAACCAAGCGUUAUGUUGGGUUUGCUGGAUCUUAACUUGGCAUCCGAUUCCGAGAUGGGUUACGCCGGUGCCCUGUGCUUGAUCUACCAUGCCAAUUUAUCCAGCCUGACCUUGAAACUCGAGAUCGCCCGGCGGCUGAUGACGAGCACCUUCACGAAACCGAAAGCGCCGCAAAUGAUUGCGAAACAAGUAGGCUGGCAAGAGUCCAUUGCAAGGUUGCUGAUCAAAAAGCCGGUGGAAAAUCGAACGGGUGGAGAGGUGGAAAAGGAGAAGGACAAUAUUUUGACCGACAUGGACGAGGUCGUAAAGCGGGAACGUGAAUCGACGGUGGUCAGCGCCAGUGGCGAUGAUUUGAUUGUGUUCGACGACGAAACACUCGAACUGCACGUACACGAUGCAAACAAACACCUCAACUCGUUUAUGUCCGAAGCAGCGACGGUGAUUGAGCACGAGAUCAAGGAGCUGGCGGACACGGUGCAAGAAGCGGUCGUUGACAAUAUAGCCUCUUCCAUUACAUCCGUAUACUCGGUGCUGCGACAGAAAACAUCGGACAUACAGGACACGAUCGGUUCGCUGUCGCUCAGCUUCGAAGACGGUGGUGCAGCGCGAAAGAAAAAAUCGUCCCUCAGCAGCAGUAGCGAAGAGAAUGGGUCUUUCGAUGAGUCCGGGUCGCUGGCCGGCACUGCUUCGAUGGGGAAAGAGGAUCUACAGUCGACCAAAAGCGUAGACGAACUGGACUGCAGUACGGGGAACAGUGCGGAAUCGCCGAGCGCAAAAUAUGACGAGAAUAAUGACGAAGAAAAUCUGGUGUGUCUUGUAUCAAACAGCCUUUUUACGAUUUUGUGGCGUGGUGUGGAAAACACGAACGACUCUUGGCAAGAACGUGGCCAGGUGAUGGCUUGUAUCAACCUGAUCGCGCUUAACAAUGAGCUCUACUGCUCGCACCUUAGCCUGCGGCUGCGCAUCCUGGAGAUGGGCGUUCAGGCGGCACUGAUCGAUCUGGCGGAAAAUGCACAGCUUGCACUGACCCAUCAGCAAAAUGCGGCACAGUUACUUCGCCUGGCGUACGACCUGGUGGUGCUGGAUCCGAACGAGGACAGUUCGAAAAAGUGUUCCGUGAAGCUUCUGGACGGUGUGCUCUCGUUGCUGGACAUACUGAUGGUGUUUCAGCAGAGCAGCAGUGACGAUUGGUCGGAAAUGUCGCACCUAUGCUUGGGACUGCUACUUAAGUGCUCGCACAACGUCAAUUCCGACAUUGUCGCCAUGGCAACAGCUAAACUACAUGCUCUGCUUCAGAACCGCAUCAAUCAAGAUCCGGCCGAAAUCGGGUACCUGAUGUACAGCCUCAACCAGGCCAUCUGUAAGGCGAUCGACGAGGACAACUCGGAGCAGUAUUCGUUCCUCAUUCCGGUCAUGAAGGCACUGCUGGAAAAAUCGCGCACGGUGCUGGGUCUGGCGACGCAUACGCCUGAUCUUCCGGCCACCUCAUCCGGGCCGAUCUUCUUCCAAGACUUCCAAGGGUACUGCACCAGUCGCCAGUGGACAGCGUUUAUCGAUAAAAAGAUUAAACCACUGUUCACCUCGUACCAGAAGGACCUGUCCAACACGCUGUGGGAGCCGCUCAACACCUUCUGGGCCGAAUGCUACGAAUCGUGUAAGCUGUCCUCGCAACGGCGGGCCAAGCUGCAGAUGGAAAGUCGGCGGAAGUUUCAGGAAAGAAUACUGGUACCCUGUCGAAUACGUCAAUCGGAGGAGAAUGCGCGCCUCAGCGUACAGCAGGCCCAGCGGAAGGCCAAAGAUGCCAACACCGAGCGCCGCUGGCUGACUCUGCAGCGGUUCCUGUACGGCCCGAAGGGUGCCUGGACCAAACUCACCAAAGAGGAGGAAUACUGGCGGCUGUCCCAUCACGAGAACGUGGCCCGGAUGCGCCUGAAGCUGGAACCGGACCUUUACCACGAUCCGCACACGGCGGCGGCCAACUUGCGGGACAACACCACGUCUACGGCCCACAGUCGGCGACUGUCGUCGGAACUUGGUUCCACGAUCGCUACGGCCGCCAUCGGGGAUGAAAGUGCCGACGAAGAGAUGCUGCUGCUUGAGGAGGAAAUGCGCAACAGUAUUGAACCGCAGGCUCCCGAAACGUCCGGCAAGGAGAAGGUGGUGAUCUCGCAGGAGUGCGAACUGAUCACGCUGAUGACGCGAGUGAAGGGACGCUUCGAUUUGACGACCAGCCAGCUGAUGUUCACCGAAAUCACUAGCAUGCGCGACGAUGGCCAGCGGCACGACUUCAAGUUCCCGAUCGGGCAGCUGCGUGAGCUGCACCUGCGCAAGUUCAACCUGCGGCGGAGUGCGCUGGAGAUGUUUUUGGUCGAUCAGACGAGCUACUUCCUGAACUUUACCACCCGGACACGGAAUAAGAUUUUCACCAAAAUCCUCAGUCUGCAGCCGCCGAGCAUACUGUACGGGUCGGGACGGUCACCGGCCGAGCUGCUGAAGUCGUCGGGAUUGACGCAGAAGUGGGCCAACCGGGAGAUCUCGAACUUUGAGUAUCUGAUGCACCUGAACACGAUAGCCGGGCGCUCGUACAACGAUCUGAGCCAGUACCCGGUGUUCCCGUGGAUCCUGGCCGACUACACGAGCGAGGUGCUGGAUCUGAACGAUCCGAAGUCGUUCCGCGACCUCACCAAACCGAUCGGUGUCGUGAACCCGAAGAACGAGACCGAGGUGCGGAGCAAGUACGACGGGUUCGAGGAUCCGUCCGGGAUGAUACCGAAGUUCCACUACGGCACGCACUACUCGAACUCGGCCGGCGUGCUCCACUAUCUGAUCCGCGUGGAACCAUUCACGUCGCUCCACAUCGAGCUGCAGAGCGGGCGCUUCGAUGUGGCCGACCGACAGUUUCACUCGAUCCCGCAAACCUGGAAGCUGCUGAUGGACAAUCCGAACGAUGUGAAGGAGCUGAUACCGGAGUUUUUCUACUUUCCCGAGUUUCUGAAAAACAUGAACCGCUUCGACCUGGGGGUGCUGCAGAUGACGCGGGAGCAGGUGGACGACGUGGUGCUGCCGGCCUGGGCGAAGACGGCCGAGGACUUCAUUGCAAUCCACCGGCGGGCGCUCGAGUCGGAGUACGUGUCGCAGCAUCUGCACCACUGGAUCGAUCUGAUCUUCGGCUACAAGCAGAAGGGCCCGAAAGCGGUCGAGUCACUGAACGUGUUCUACUACUGCUCGUACGAGGGCGCCGUCGAUCUGGACAAAAUCGCGAAUCCGAUCGAGCGCGAGGCCGUCGAGGGGAUGAUUAAUAACUUUGGCCAAACGCCAUCGCAGCUCUUGCGGGAGCCGCAUCCGCGACGCCUGUCGGUCGACGAGCUGUCCAUCAAGCUGUUGAAGCUCGAACUGAAGCGUCCCGAUCUGACGCUCAUCCUGGACCGGGUGCAGUACACCGGGUGCGAUCUGUCCACCGACAAGGACCCGGUCGUCUACCUCAGUAGCCCCAAGAGUCCGCCCCGGUCGUUCUUGCAAACAAGCCCCGAUAUGCUGAUCACGGUGACCAAGUCGGGCAUCCUCGGGUGUCACAGCUGGAUGUCAUUCGACAAGGAGCGGGGCUUUCUGCUCGAAAUCGAUGCCACCACGUUGAAUCUUAAGAAUCGAAAGAAACUAGUCGGACCCUUCCACCCAUCGAUUACGCUCAACUCGAAAUUGUUUGCCGUCAGCGUGGACGCAAAGUACAUCUACGCCGGGGGUAUCUGGGACAACUCGGUGCGUGUGUUUAACAUGGCCCGUGGAAAAGUGAUUGCUUCCGCCAUUAACCAUUUCGAUGUAGUAACGUGCGUGGCGAUGGAUAACUGUGGAUCUUACUUGGUGACCGGCUCGAGGGACUGCACGUGCGUCAUCUGGUCGCUGAGCAACACCAGCACGGUCGGUGCCGCAUCCGGCUCGAAUCUUCAGCCCAACACCGCGGCGCUGAAUCAGAAUCUGGCCGGAAACGUUGUGGGUAGCGCGAACGUUGUGCACCUCACCAACAACCUAACACCCAAACCGGUCCACACUCUGUACGGCCACGAAGAGGCUGUCUCGUGUGUCGCCAUCAUGACCGAGCUGGAUAUGGUUGUGUCCGGUUCUAUGGAUGGCACCGUGAACGUACACACGAUUAAAAAUGGACAAUUCGUCAGGACAAUAACGCCCCUCGGAUGCACGGGUUUAAAGAUAGAGAUUUCCUUCAUUGCCCUCUCGUAUCAGGGGCAUAUAGCGUUCUCGGCACUCGAUGAUACCUCACACUCGGUGCACGUGUUCAGUAUUAACGGUAUCAGUCUCGGUUCAAAGUAUGUGUCCGGUCGGGUGACCGGCCUGACAACGGCGUCCGAUUUUCUUGUGGUUUCUGACGAUGCCGGCGAUGUUACCAUGAGCCGACUCUACGGCCUUAAACCGAUCUUCGACAUUCCGCUGCACGUUCCAACACAAUCGGUCGUGGGUACGGCUGGCAACACGCAUUUGCUGGCACCACUACGCGACGGAAGUCUAGGUGUGAUCGGUAUCCAACAACCGAUCGCCUACAAAAAGCACAUCGUUCUGAGCGUGUAAUUUAUUAACCGACACUCGACGCCGAGCUGUAGGCUCCGGAAGCGCGGUAGUCUGCACUAUCGUUACUCGUGUGUUAGCUGGACGCAGUGCCAAUUUCAAAGUGCAAUGUUUUAGAAUGAUACGACAAACGUGUGUGGUACGUUGUAUUAGUAAUGUCCCGCUGUUAGUUGCUUGUCCAAGCCCGUUUUCCGUAACCCACCCUGUGCAAACGAUGGAGCAAUGAUGGAGCACCUUUAGACACCACUUUCUACACCCGUUCCCCAACGUGAGAAUUCGCCCAUUACCGAGCAUUGUUAUAGCUUACUGCAAAUCCUUAUCACUGUUGUUGGGUCACUAAACAAAGCCGAAA